AUGGCUGAGCAACAGACUCCUACCUUCAAGCUUGUGCUUGUCGGCGAUGGUGGUACCGGCAAGACCACCUUUGUCAAGCGUCACUUGACUGGUGAAUUUGAGAAGAAGUACAUGGCCACCCUCGGUGUCGAGGUUCACCCCCUUGGCUUCACCACCAACUACGGCCAGAUCCAGUUCGAUGUGUGGGAUACCGCCGGCCAGGAGAAGUUCGGUGGUCUCCGUGAUGGUUACUACAUCAACGGCCAGUGCGGUAUCAUCAUGUUCGAUGUGACAUCCCGCAUCACAUACAAGAACGUCCCCAACUGGCAUCGUGAUCUUGUCCGCGUUUGCGAGAACGUCCCCAUCGUUCUGUGUGGUAACAAGGUUGAUGUGAAGGAGCGAAAGGUCAAGGCCAAGACCAUCACCUUCCACCGAAAGAAGAACCUCCAGUACUACGACAUCUCCGCCAAGUCCAACUACAACUUCGAGAAGCCCUUCCUGUGGCUGGCCCGCAAGCUGGUUGGCAACCCCGCCCUGGAGUUCGUUGCUUCCCCCGCCCUGGCUCCUCCCACCGCCCAGGUCGACGAGGCUCUCUUGGAGCAGUACAACAAGGAGAUGAUCGUGGCCGCCGCCUUGCCUCUUCCUGGUGAGCUGUCUGACGACGAUCUGUAA